CACUCGAUAUUCUUGCUACAUUACUGCAGCCUGUCGUGUUGUUGAUACAUUGUAGCAGUUUGGUUGGGGUCCCUACUUUUGCUCUUGCAACAGUGUAUGAAGAACCAACGUUGGCGCGAUGUUUAUACACUUUCAAUCAAAGACAACGUUUGCGUUUUUUCAUAAUCAUUCAAUCUAAUCAUGUAGGGCAGGUGAUAUUAAUUUCCCAUAGUAGUGUGAUCAGUCUGUCUUGGUUCUGGGGACCAACAACAGACCUGCCAACAUGGACGCAUUUUGCGUACCAACUACGCAGUUCUCUGUCCAUGUACGCAUGUACGAGACCCGAGUAUUUUCUAUAUAUUUUUAAAAAUAGUUUAAUUAAUAAAUACACGGAGUAAAUCUAACAUCCCGAUUCUCGAGCUGCAACACACAGACAUGUGCGUAGUUUAGUCAACGGACAUGGAGAUUAAUACAUAAUUAUUCGACGUAGCUCCCCGGUGUCUGCGUAAAGCUAUGUCAGACGACGAGAGUGAGGAAACCGGCAGGGCAGUAACUCCGAACCCCCAAAAAAGCAGAAUACACGCUCCUCAGAAGUUCCUUCCUCGAUACCAGAAGUGGUCAUGCUUGACGCAAUCUAAGCUAUCAUAUCAUGCAUUUUAUACUUUGUGCAAGUAUGAUGACAUCAGUCAUCAAGGAAGCUCAGAUUGUAGACAUCAUGUGGAUGGGAAAAGGCAUCAGAAUCUACUGGUAGCUACAGCAUCAACAUCAUGUGGAUGGGAAAAGGCAUCAGAAUCUACUGGUAGCUACAGCAUCAACAUCAUGUGGAUGGGAAAAGGCAUCAGAAGCUACAGCAUCAACAUCAUGUGGAUGGGAAAAGGCAUCAGAAGCUACAGCAUCAACAUCAUGUGGAUGGGAAAAGGCAUCAGAAGCUACUGGCAGCUACAGCAUCAACAUCAUGUGGAUGGGAAAAGGCAUCAGAAGCUACUGGCAGCUACAGCAUCAACAUCAUGUGGAUGGGAAAAGGCAUCAGAAGCUACUGGCAGCUACAGCAUCAACAUCAUGUGGAUGGGAAAAGGCAUCAGAAGCUACUGGCAGCUACAGCAUCAACCCCAGCUAUAGCAACCUUUUCCCACCAAGCCAGUGAUUUUAUUUAACCUUUAUUUAACUAGGCAAGCCAGUUAAGAACAAAUUCUUAUUUACAAUGAUGGUCUAUGAACAGUGGGUUAACUGCCUUGUUCAGGGGCAGAACAACAGAUUUUUACCUUGUCA